AUAAAAAAGAUUCUAAAUGGAUAUUUCAGUUAAUUUAUGUUCAUAUAAUCAAAGCCUUAAGCUUAUAUAUUUAUGACAUGGGAUUUUAUUCAAGCUGCUCUCUCUUACUAGCUGUCUCUUCAAUAUGAUCACUUUUUAUGCCAUUGCAGCGCUCCCGGCAAAAGAAGGCCAAGACAAUAUCUUAAAUUAAAAUUGUUUUUGACAAAUAUUAGAAGAGAACUUGAAGUUUCAGCCAUUUUAAACAAUAUCACGGUCCCUUGUUACACCCUCACAAGUAAUUAACAUCGAGUCGAAAAGGUGAAAAGCAGACAUGGCUUCCUCUCAGGGAUUUUCUAAUUAGGGCCGUGCAUUUAUUAUUUCACACCGAGCUCCAAUCUCAAAUAGCUACUGGCAAGUUGAGCCUCACGUCUCAAUUAUUUACUGAAAAAUUACUGUCAGAGCAGUUUUUACUUUAGCCAAACACAUAUGGACAGCAGCGCUCACAGGUGAGGAGAGAGUGAAAACUCGAGGUGGGGCCAGUGGGGAAAUCAAGUCUUUAAAAGACAAAAACAGAGUGAUGGUGCUAAGAGUGCAGAGGUGGAUGAGAUAGCUGAGCGCUCUGGUGAAUCUCAGACUAACAUUUGUGUCAGAAGAAUAUGUAUGAGAAGGAAAAAGGAAAAAUGUUAAGAUCGAAAUGAAUUCUGGUAGACGGACGAGUCACAUGACAGCCGAACUUUUUGAAAGAAUUUAAUUAAUACAGUGCAAGUCUAAUUAGAAAUGUUUACUGGCACAUGAUCCUGUUCUGGAGGCCUUUCCACAGGGAAACACUGAUGAAGACAAAACCCCCCCCAAACCCAGCAGUUACGGUCUCAGAGGGCGAGGUUGUGCCUUUCGGGGAAUAACCACAUCAUUUUAUUUAGAACUGAUGUCAGGACUGGUGGUUAAACAGGGAGGGGCUGCUUUUAUGGUUACACCGGGUAUGUGCGUGUGCAUAUAUGUGUGUAUGAAUGUGUGCAUGCAUUUCACCAUAACAUGUGUUGGAGGAUGUGGCAGAUGUUGCAGAGGCAAGGAUUAGUGUGCGUGUGUGUCUUUAAGUGUGUGUUAAAAAUAUCUUUCCCACAGCGGGAAGCCACAGUGGCCAAUUACAGCGCAGCAUCUGGGCUAGCACACAAUUAUUAGUGCACGCGUGUGAGUGUGUGUGUUUCUGUGCAUGUGUGUGUCUGUUUACAGAGGGGUUGUGGAGGUUCAGGCGGAGUUCAGGUUAUUCACAUCUCAGGAUGUAGAGUUUCAGUAAAUGGUGCAGCGUGUGUGCAACAGUGGUGCGGCUUUGUGUCACAGCGGCAGAACCUAAACACACACCACCACGAGGACGACGGAGCUGGGGAGAAUUAGAGGCACGGAGAUGAGUAAAUAUGGAGAAGCAAUGGAGACAAUGAUGAGAAUGGAGAGGACACUGCAAGGAAAAGGCAGAGCGAAAAUACAAGCCCAGCAACAAAAGUAUUGUUUCAUAGAUGGGUGUCCUUGCUGGAUUCCGGGAAAGGAACAAAACUUCCUCUGCUGCAGUCGCAGUCUCAGUGAAAGCAGACAGGCUCGCUGUGUGAGUGCAUCAUGGAGAGACCUGUUGCCGCGUCGGUGCGCAGGAGUCCCUCACUACCAGAUUACAACACCUCAACCUCCACCUUGGCCUUUGACCAGCAUUUCACUACAACUCUCAAAGGAAUUCUCCUCCAGGCUGAGAUAAUAUGUGGCAUGUUAGUGUGGAUUCUGGUUGGGGGUACAGAUUAUUUCCAUCUGCCUGCUCUCUGCUGGGUGAUGUUUCUUUCCAUCUUGUUCUGGAUUCUAACAGUUAGCCUGUUUAUAAUUUACCUCACUGGAGUCCACAACAGGAUACCACAUGUCCCCUGGACCACACUGUCACUGUGCAUUAACUGCAUUGCUACUGCACUAUAUCUCGUGACGGCAGUAGUAGAUGCUCUCUCCGUCAACCAGGACGUCAGGGGGCGACACAACUAUAACUGCUGGGCGGCAUCAGCGUUCUUUGCAUUUCUGACCACACUUUGUUAUGCAGGAAGCAGUUAUCUAAGCUACCGUACAUGGAAAACCACAGAAGAAGAGCAGUAGCGUCAUUGCCUCUUUUCUUACAGCAACAUCCUUCUUUUCUCUGUCAACACGAGCUUUUGUGAAUUCUGUGACCAAAUUCUAACGAAGUAAAGUUCAGUAGAAAAAUGAAAAACUUGCUGUGACGGAGCAGCCACUUGUUUUCAACAUGUUUAACCUUGUUUGUGUGAUGCAGCCGUGCAACCAGUGGUCUACAUACAAGCAGUUUGAGAAGAUAAAGCAGUGAAGGACGUAACACAAAAAUGAACUGAACCAUGUGUACCCAUGUGUACAAAGUGCGUUUGUUCUAAUACCGAAAAUGCUUUUUAUUUUGUGUAUUGAUUUUUUUCUUGAUUGCCACCAAUUCCCAAAAAGAUCAAGUCAAAAACCUGCUGCUCACAAAACACUGAACAUUAUACAACUCUAUCCUUCAACCAUUAAGCAUAAAUAAAAAUGGUAAAAUCA